UUUCGUUUCAGAGAGAGGGAGAGAGGAGAGCUCUGCCUCUGGUCACUGUAUAACAGAUGUUCAAAAUCUCCCGCCAAACUCCACAUCCGUUCCCUCCGUUGCUCUAACCGGCUACCGCCGGUGGAACACUUUAUUAGUUAUAAGUUCUUCCUUUUUUCGGCUCUGGUUUCCUUUUCAUUUCUUCGUCUUAUUUUUUCGGCCAAUUCAUCGUUUCUGUAUGAAAUGAAAUCCGUGGGCGAUGCUUGGCUUCUGUGAUCUUUCUAGAAACUAGGGUUUUCAGUGAUUUAUCGAUCAUAUUCGUCUCUGAAGCUUCCGCUUUUGAAUCAAGACAAUGAGCGCUGUGAAUAUUACGAACGUUGCGGUCUUGGAUAAUCCGGCACCGUUUCUCAACCCCUUUAAGUUCGAGAUCUCUUACGAGUGCUUGAUUCCUCUCAAAGACGACUUGGAAUGGAAACUCGUCUAUGUAGGAUCUGCUGAAGAUGAGAGUUGCGACCAACUCCUAGAGAGUGUGCUUGUUGGGCCUGUAAAUGUUGGCAAUUACCGCUUUCUCUUCCAGGCUGACCCUCCAGAUCCAUCAAAGCUCCCAGAGGAGGAUAUCAUUGGGGUCACAGUGCUUCUGCUGACCUGCUCUUAUCUGGGACAGGAGUUUAUCAGAGUGGGUUACUAUGUGAACAAUGAUUAUGCUGAUGAGAAGCUGACAGAAGAACCUCCACAAAAGGUUUUGAUAGAUAGGAUACAAAGAAAUAUAUUGGCUGACAAACCUAGAGUAACGAAGUUCCCCAUCAAUUUUCACCCUGAGACCAAUGAGAAUGGAGGACAGCAGCAUCCUUCAACUGAUCAUCCUACUGAAACCAAGGAGAAUGGGGUGCAGCUACCUUCAUUACCAGAUCAUCCUUCUGAUAAGGAGAAACUAUAAAUAGAAGUAUAUGCCAAAUUUAGCCUUAAAUUUUUUGUGAAGGUAUGCUGCAUGAUUGUCAUAGCAGCUGAAAUGAGUUGGACAGUAUCCGCAAACAUAUUCAGAAUUGACCUCAUUUGGAGGAUAGUGUUAUCACGUUUAUGAUACUUGAGUCAUAUGUAUAAUUAUAUUGUGUAUUUUUGGGAUGCCAAUUUGUGGUUCACUGAAUGGAUGUUCUUUGUA